AUGUCCGUCUCAACAACAUCAACAAAUAAAGCUGUGUUUAUUGGUAUACUUACGGGGUCUGUAUUGACGGUGUUAGCCUCUGGUAUAUUUCGAUAUUUGAGGCAAGGCGAAAGGAACAGCGAUGGUGACAUUACUGACACAGAGAAGCAGAAUGAGCAAGAUCAACAACAACAAUUGUACCCUCAAUACGUUGAAGGUGUCGAUGGAUUAAUUGGUAAUACUCCACUCAUGAAGAUUAGAAGCCUUUCCGAGGCUACAGGCUGUCUUAUCCUCGGAAAAGCUGAAUUCUUAAAUCCUGGAGGCAGCUCUAAAGACAGAGUCGCACUAAAUAUGAUCAAAACAGCUGAGGAGAAUGGUAUACUGGAGCCUCACAAGGGUAGUACUAUUUUUGAAGGCACAGUAGGCUCUACUGGUAUUUCUAUUGCGAUGGUAGCUCGCGCCAAAGGAUACAAAGCAUGGAUUGUUAUGCCAGAUGAUCAAGCCAAAGAAAAAUACCAGUUAUUAGACAAACUAGGUGCAACGGUUGAAAAAGUUAGACCCGUCAGUAUUAUCGAUAAAAAGCAAUUUGUCAAUUGGGCUAGAGAAAGAGCUGCUACGUUUCACGAUGGGGAUGCUGUGGGGUAUUUUGCUGAUCAAUUUGAAAAUGAAGCCAACUUUCAAGCCCAUUACAACAAUACAGGGCCUGAAAUCUAUCGACAAACAGCAGGCAAAGUGGAUGCUCUGGUCCUAGGUGCAGGUACGGGCGGUACACUUUCAGGUAUUACUUGCUACUUGAAGGAACGUUUAAGCAAUUUGAAAGUGUUUUUGGCGGAUCCCCAAGGUUCUGGAUUAUACAACAAAGUGAAGUAUAACGUCAUGUAUGCGCCAACUGAAAAAGAAGGCAGUAGAAAGAGACAUCAAGUAGAUACAGUGGUGGAGGGCAUUGGUAUCAAUCGUUUAACGAAGAACUUUGACAAAGGCAGGCAUUUAGUGGAUGAUGCUUUCCGCGUAACGGAUGAAGAAGCGAUUAAAAUGUCACGAUAUCUUGUGCGAGAAGACGGUCUAUUCAUUGGUAGUAGUUCAGCUGUUAACUGUGUGGCAGCGGUUAGAGCAGCUAAAAAGUUAGGACCUGGUCAUGUUAUUGUUACAUUGCUAAAUGAUUCUGGCCAACGCCAUCUUACAAAAUUUUGGAGCGAUGACUACCUUAGAGCUGAAAAUAUUUAUUCUGAACUUCAACCUGAAGAGACUGUUUUAGAUUUUGUAAAAUAA